AUGGACACAGGUAGCAGAAAAUCGCCAAGGGCUGUGACAAUGAAGCUGAUUGCAGCAGCAUUUGGCUUGAGCCUCCUUGUAGCCGGCCUGUGGGUGGGCCUCUCAUUGACAUCAAACUCAGACGGAGGAGGGAAACCUGGAGGAGGUGGAGGAGGUGGAGGAGGUGGAGGAGAAAGAGGAUGUUUUCUCCCACCAUUGCCAAAAGAAGAUGUUUCACUGUGCAGGAACCUUGAAGUUUUCUACAUGGAGAUGGGGAACAUCAGCUGUAAAAUUGUUCCUCAGUGUAAUCAGUACAGACGGAAGAUCAUGACGUGGCAGUCGCCGAUAGUCAAGUUCCACGGGGCUUUGGAUGGUGCACAGUAUCUGCUGGUGAUGGUGGAUCCAGAUGCCCCCAGCAGGUCUAAUCCCAGGAUGAAAUACUGGAGACACUGGGUGGUGUCCAACAUCACAGGCACUGACAUGAAAAGCGGGAGCAUCCGUGGCAAUAUAAUAACAGACUACCAGCCUCCUACCCCACCGCCAACCACUGGUCUACACCGCUACCAGUUCUUUGUCUACCUUCAGGGAGACAGAGACAUUUCUAUCCCAGAAAGUGAAAACGAAAACCGAGGUGCUUGGAAACUGGACAAAUUUCUGCAGCAGUACGGGCUGCAAGAUCCUGACACAAGCACCCAGUUCAUGACUCAGUUUGAUGGGGAACUGCCACCAGAUUUUGGUAGCAUUAACGACGGCCGAGACCAACCCGAUCAAAGAUAA